GUUGUUGGGGGGGUGGUGGGGAGGCUCGGUCGGGCUGUGCUGAGGCGGCCGCCACCAUGAGCUCCAUCGGUACCGGGUACGACCUGUCAGCCUCCACGUUUUCUCCAGAUGGCAGAGUGUUUCAAGUCGAAUAUGCUAUGAAAGCUGUGGAGAACAGUAGUACAGCAAUUGGGAUAAGAUGCAAAGAUGGUGUUGUCUUUGGAGUGGAAAAAUUAGUUCUGUCCAAGCUUUAUGAAGAGGGUUCUAACAAACGGCUCUUUAAUGUUGACAGACACGUGGGCAUGGCAGUUGCAGGACUCCUGGCAGAUGCUCGCUCUCUGGCAGACAUUGCAAGAGAAGAGGCUUCAAACUUUAGGUCCAACUACGGCUAUGACAUUCCACUGAAGCACCUUGCAGACAGAGUGGCCAUGUACGUGCAUGCCUACACCCUGUACAGUGCUGUCAGACCUUUUGGCUGCAGUUUCAUGCUGGGGUCCUAUGAUGAGGAUGAUGGUGCACAGCUGUACAUGAUUGAUCCAUCAGGAGUUUCAUACGGUUAUUGGGGGUGUGCCAUUGGCAAAGCCAGACAGGCUGCAAAAACGGAGAUAGAAAAACUUCAGAUGAAAGAAAUGACCUGCCGUGAUGUUGUUAAAGAGGUUGCAAAAAUAAUCUACAUAGUUCAUGAUGAAGUAAAGGAUAAAGCUUUUGAGCUGGAACUCAGCUGGGUUGGAGAAAUAACCAAUGGAAAACAUGAAAUUGUUCCCAAAGACAUCAGAGAAGAAGCAGAAAAAUAUGCCAAGGAAUCUUUGAAAGAGGAAGAUGAAUCAGAUGAUGACAAUAUGUAACACAUUGUUACUUCAAGACAAGUUCAACUUUUCUUAACUUUAAAGCAGGUUUGUUUAUCAUGUAGUCAGCAUGGGAUGCUAUUGUGUGCUCAUUGGAAGAACCUGAGUGACCAACUUGCACUAAUAAAUUUUCCAUUUUACU